UGUAACAGUUGAACUAUCAUCUAAAUGGCCAUUGAUAUUGGAUAGACUUAAUUUCAGUUAACAUCAGGUUCAACUUAAACCUGGAAAUGGCCUAACUCACUGCAACCUACAGCUUGAUUGAUAAAUCAUACUUGGAUGUCAAAAAGUGUGCAUUGUUCUGGGGAGCCUUGUGUGUGUUCUCUUUGCUUUCUAAUACUGAGUGGGUGGCAGUGCAGAGAGAGAGAGAUACCAUGGAAGCUCUCUUCAUUACCACAGGUCUGACGUGAAGAAGUGUGCAAAGCUCAUUGGCUGAGGGAGACUCCAGUUUUAUCUCAUCACAGAAUCUAGGUGCAUUAGUAUUUCUUCUGGCAGGCACUGGUCAGCUGAUGGACAAGUGAAGUUUCAUAUGUACUUUUAACAUUGAUACAUGUAGAUGGACAUGCACUGUAUCCUAAGGUAAUCUAAAGACCCAGUGAGUCAAAAACAACCCAAUUGGUUUGCAAGUUUUGAAUGCCUCCCCCUUUGGAAAAUCUACCAAAAAGGAAUCAGCAGAAUCAUGAGUUCAGAUAUGAUACCCAUGUUGUACUGGGACUCCAUCCUGAAGUGCAGCAAGCCAGUAGUUUUAUGACCCAAGGAUUGCCAUAUUUGAUUAGUUGCCAAUGAAGUGGUAGGUGUGUUCAUUCAUUCUUAAAGAGAGAGAGGAAAGAGAGGGAAAUCAGCCAUAAACAACCAACUGAAUGGACAAUUUGUGGUGGUGAAGUGUAGUGAAGUUUAGUGUAAACCACAGAUGUGAGAAAAAUGAAUCAACUCUCAGAAUCUAAAAAGGAAUUCUGGAUCUUUGGAGACUUUUGCUGCUCUGAUUGUUGCUGAAAAAGAUAACAGGACCUUUGAAAACUUUCAUUACCCUAAUCAAAAGAAGAGUGCAGUCUUUGGAAACCUUGUUCAUAUCCUGAUUGCUUCUGCAAAGGAAAGCUGAUCUUUAAAUAGUUAAGUGUAAAGGGUUUACAGCACCUGAUAGGUUGCUGAAUAAGAAGGCAAGUUGAUUCCAUAAUGAGGACAGCAACCAAUGAUUUGCAGUCAGCAGCGACUGUCUUGGGAGAUAUGAAUACAAAAGCUGGACCAAUUUUCCAAGACCUUCUAUUUAUUUCUUAGAAGUGCAUGUAUGAGCCUAAAGACCCAAAAGACCUGUAUAGUGGGGCAUUAUCUGUGUUGCAAUAUUAGAACAUACAAGGUGAAGUAAUCCCAGGAGAUUUCAGAUGUUCUGAUUUAGCUUUUGGGGUCUUUUUCUCAUUUGUUUUCUUGACGCUUGAAAAAGGAAACACUAUGAAACAUUUCAAAGUGAUUUGAGGUGGAAAAAUGGGUUCACUCACAAAUAUUACAAUGGAUAUCAAACAGAACAUGACACUGGCAGAGAAACUAGAGAGUGAUGGGUGGGUGUACUAUCCCAAUAUCGAAAGCUUGAUGAAGCCAUGGUUGACAGAUGCAAACUUUGUUCCAACUGUCACUGUGUAUGCUGUAACUUUUGUUUUAGGACUCAUUGGAAAUAGUAUGGUAGUUUUUGCCAUGCUUGGAGACCAGAAAAACAGUUCUGUGGCAACAACCUUCUUGGCCAGUUUGGCAAUUGCAGAUCUCUUAUUUCUGCUGGUUUGUGUGCCAUACCGUAUAGUGAGGUUUCUAAUAGGAUCAUGGCAGGAUUCAUUUCUGUGUAAAUUUUCUGGAUUUGUUGAAAUGCUGGCAGCUGUCCUGUCCAUAUUCAACCUCACAGCUGUAAGCGUAGAGAGGUAUGUUGUGAUUGUUCACCCCAUGAAGGCACGGUACUUAUUCACCAUGGGCAGUAUCAAGAAGAUUGUUAUUGCUGUCUGGUUGGUGUCAGCAGUGCUGUCAGCACCAAUGUUUCAUAUUGCUGGCAUCACAAAGGACAAAUACUUUGAGAAUGAGACCAAAUUCAUCAUGCACUCCUGUCAUGACAAUGAAGCCCUGAACUAUGGUGAGAAGGUGGCCUUUGUGUUCUACCAGUUUACACUGAUGUUCCUACUGCCUACCAUAGUGAUGGUGUUCUGCUAUACUCAAGUCAUCAGGGCACUGUGGAGCAGUACACAGGAACUGUCGAGGAUGACUUCCAUGCAUAGAGAAAACAGUAUAAGUCAUAUAGCUGAAGACUUUGAGUCAGAGGAGUCCCAGACCCAGCAAAGAUUGGUCCAUGUGUCCAGCAGGUCCACUGUGGUCAGCAGACCUUCAAGCCAACAACUGGGUGGCCGAAACCAUGGCAACUGUAUUCGGGAAGCUAGAAAGCAGGUGAUCAAGAUGCUGAUUGUAAUCAUUAUUGCCUUUUUGAUCUGCUGGGGUCCCAAGCUCAUCCUUGACAUCUUAAUUAAAACACGAAUUAAUCGGAAGAUCAUCUUCAGUCCUAUAACCUUCAAAAUCAAGGUGGCAUUCAGUCUCCUCCCGUAUAUACAAAGUUGCCUGAACCCAAUCAUCUAUGGCUUUAUGUCGAGCAACUUCAGGCGAAGUUUGGUAAACUCCUGUAACACCUACCUACAUUUAUGUCAAAGAAGAAAAGGUCGUACAUAUUUUGAUCCUGAUACUGAUUCAAAAUCCACCCAGCAUACACAUCUAUCACCAUCAUUUCACCGUGGAGGAAGUCACAAUGGUUCUUCAGGCGGUGUGGAGCAAUUGCCCUUGACACCAAAGAAGUCUCCAUCAGAGGGAAAUGGAAGGGGGUCCUUCCACAUGUACAAAGGAAGCAAUGGCCUUAGAAAAGACUAAGAAAAUCAUGGGGAAAUUUACUGUAUGUUUUGGCAACUGUAUAUUUGUGAUGACAAGGGUCUGUUGAACAAGGAUUCAACAACAAUUAGGUGCUGAAUCUGAAAUGUUAUAUUAUAUUAGGCACUUAAAUUGAGACUGGAGUAUGAUCAUGACUAUGGGCAUUGGGAAUGUUGAAAGAGAGAAAUUAACAAUCCUCUAAAAAUUAAAAAAUAUAUAUGGUACUGCUCAUAGCUAUCUCACAGCCUGAGACAGAUAUAGCUCUGUGGGAUAAUAGUUUGCUUAUACUUAAAAAAAGCCUCUCUUUCUCUCUCUCUCUCUCUCUCUCUCUCUCUCUCAAACUUAUUGAUUUAGUCUUGAAAGAACUGUUGUCAAUAAAAAAAUUAAUCCAAAGACUGUUUUAGAUCCAGCAGUUGUCUAAAAGCAUGCCAGCAGGUAACUAAAUUAGUGAGAAGCCCUAUUUAGACUUAGAUGGAAGGUGUGGUUUUGGUCAAUGUUUCCAUGACGUGAAAACUCUGCUGCUGCUUUGCAAGUUGAAUGUAGAUAGGGAAUAACAAUAUGAUACAAGUGUUCAUGAAAAGAUGUUUUUAUUGUGUAUUUGAUUAAAAAAAGUAGUUUCAAUUUUAAAUAUCUUUUAAUUAAUUAUAAUGGAACAAAUCAUUAAAAAUGAUGAAAUGAGUCCUUUAAUGUUAGGUGUAUGCUACAAUUAUGUUAUACAGACAUAUACUUACAUAAGAUACAUGUAUGUUAUCAGAAAAGGAAUUAAGGCAGACAUAAAGCAGCAGGCAAAACACAUGAAAGAAGAAGAAGAACCACUUUUCUCAAUGGCAAUCACUUCAGGCUGUCUGCCUGCAUUACUUUUCUUGACUUAAAAAAUGAAAUCCAGACAAUUAUAAAUGGUUUAUAGAUCCUGAGGGCAAAUUUGAACAACAACCUCCCUGCAUGUGAUUAGCUUGAUUUAGUGUAACCUCUGUAAAGUUCUGUCCUAAAAAGCAUGUUUAAGAGAUCUAUCUAGUUAUUCUGUCAUGUACAUGAUGCUAUGAACUUCACAAUCAUGUCGGCAUCUGGAUUUUUGCCUUUUGGUUUAGAUAUACCCAUGUAUGUACUGUACUGCAUGUACAUGCAUAUCAUAUUUUGUAUUGCUGACAGGUUGAGUUACAUAAGAAAUGUUGAAAAGGUGUAGGGUUAUGUGUAAUAUACAUGCAUUCAUGCAAGAUGAUGUAAUAAACAUAAGUAAAAACAGUCAGUGUUCAUAGUAGGUGUUUGACAGCUUUGUUUUAUACUUAUUUGACAGCUGUGCUUACUUAAGUUAUCAAAGCUGGGAUAGAAUUGCAAUCAGUAUUUAUCUUGGAGCAACACAUAGUUAUGAAUGCCAUGGAAAGUGUACUUUCCAAAUUAAAAAAAAAAUGUAACCAAAUAUAAUAAAAUUAGGCUGUAGGGCCUCUAGAAUAUUGCAAAACUUUUCUAAACAAACUGUCCAAUAUCAGUGGCUUAUUUUAACCGAAACUUUAUUUUGUACGUAGAUUUGUAAUUAUGGAAAGUUGAUUGCUUGAGUCUCAUUCAGAUUAAUAAUUAUUUCAAGUUAUGUAAAACAUAUGGUAUGUGUGUGUGUGUGUGUGUGUGCGUGUGUGUGUGUGUGUGUAUAUGUAGAGAGAGAGAGAGAAAGAGAGACUGUUGUAAAGAAUGCCAAUAAUGUUUUGGAGUGUUGUAAAAGUAAAUCUUACCUUGUGUAGCAUCAGCAAGACACAAAAUUCCAUUGAGAUUCUCAUCAACCUACACUAAGUCACUGAUAACAGGGUGUUCAAAUCAUUGUACUCAUCAAUGGAGUAGUUAGAAUUACAAGAAAAUUUGUUUUCUCUAUUUAUUCAGAAUAGGAGAGAGACUAUUAAUGCUCAAAUCUUGUCAUUAGUUGAUUAAUAACAUCAGAAUAAAGUUAGCAGAUUUUGUGACGAAUUAGCUUUUUAUCACUUGUAUAUGCUACAUGUUUAAAACAUGAAACUGUAUUAGUUGUGAAAGAACAUAAUUCAGUUCAUACAGGGAGGUUCAGACAGUAAGGCUGCGUUCACAUGAAAAAUCUAUUUUCUAAAAAUCUAUUUGCGGUAUCCUGUGA